CAUUCCCUGUCCCUUAUCUGACAUUCGACUGCUUCGUUAGUGUUAUCACACUUUUCUUGUCCACACUUCUGCAACCAGCGUUCUCAAGUUUGACAGCUGCUUCACACGUGUAUAUGCAGAUAUUGCAACACACAGUUGUUUUCAUUUGUGCAGAUCUGUUUUAAUCCGCGUGAGAAUUCUCGUCGACUUUAACUCACAAUUGACCGAGUACUCAAUCCUUCUGAGAUGUUGCAGAUUGCAGAUGCAGAGAUGAAACGAAUUCAUAUGUAUGAUCUUUCAAAAGUUCGUUCAUUGAGAUGGAACCCGAAGGGGAUCAGCAUCAACCUGAAGAUGCAUGGGAAAGUCUACCUAUCGAUUUCCUGAUCAAGAUUCUCAGAGAUCAUAAUCUGCCAAUUUCCACUCUUCUGGAAUGUCGUUCAGUUUGUAAAAAAUGGAAGGAAGUCAUAGAUGGUCAUGAGUUACGGAACAAAAUAUGGAAAAAUUCUAUUAUUAUGUUUCAUGCACGUCGUGAAAAUACGGCCCACUUCUGCUGUAGAAAUCGAUGGAUCACAAGAAAUCUCAGAUUUGUGCCGAAGAAGCUGGUCGCUGCUGAUGGAGGCCUACUGUGUUUUGGUGAACGAAUCUCAACAGCAUAUGUCAUGUACAACCCAGUUUCGGACAAAAUCCUGUUUUUGAACGUACCUCUUGAAAUCAAUGGAGAACAUACAGUCAUUGAUGGUAUGCUGAAGUGUAAGGUGGUGGGUUUAGUCGUGGACCAAUCUACAAAAAACUUCAAGCUGGUUUUGGGAGGAGUUCAAGUCGGAACAGAUAGACGCAGAACUUUGAUUUACGACUCGACGAACGGUACAUGGUCGUGGGGAAUUCAUCCGUUUCCUGAAUGGAUGAAAGACGCGUGGGACUGUAGGAGAAGUGCAGUAUGUAAUAGAUGUCUUUAUUGGCUACUAUGGGAUCGCUAUUGGUGCAGGAUGAAGGUUCUCUUGAUAUUUGAUCUGGAAGAGGGAACGUGGAACGCCUUGGUAGAGGAAUCCAUGGAGGCCACGCCAAUUGACCUUCAAAUGGCUGCGUAUGAACGACAUGUGUGCCUACUUGCCAGUAAUUGGUCUCCUCUGGCAGGGGAGUUUGAACGUAGGAGCGAUGUCGCCAAUUUCCUCCGGAAUCCCAUGGUCCGGAGAAUGGAUGAAGCAUUGUUCAGGAGAGUAAAAAAUCUAUAUAAUCGAGCUUUGUUCAGGAGACGGAGAUUUCCAUGGAACAUGGACGAAGCAAUCGAUGAAGCUGUUACCAGGAGAUUUUUAGAUCACUGGGAUCUAGAUUAUCCCACAGUUUUCAACUUCUACGCCACAGGAGGCAGUGAUGCAUUUUUCGUGUUCGAUGAAGAACGUAUAGAACUUGAGGUGGUGAAAUAUUGUGCUGAAUUAGACUGGAUAAUUUUUCUACCCCAGCCUCCUUUUCACUCACGCAAUCGUGUUCAACACUUUGUGUACGCUCCGAGCCCCGACGACCCUUGGUGUGCAAUAAUUCCAAGUCCCAGAGGAAGUGCAAGGCAGGGGUGGAUAAGACAGCAAGAGUAUGUAGCACAGCAGGAGAGACAUCGGCAGGAGGAGACGCGUGAAGCUGUUAGGCAAUAUAUUAGGGACGCUCUUAGGCAAGCUUUUGGGCAAUCAGGUUGACGUGGCAAUGAAAUUUCUAUGAGAAGGAGGUUUCUUCGAACCUUCAGCACAGAUCAGCUCACCGAAAUAUGGUUCUUUCAACAAGUAAUUCUGUGCAGGCAUGAUAAGAUGCCAAUGGUUUGAGAUUGAGAGGGUAAAACAGUGGAUUCUGAUCACUCUUCCGAUAAGCGGAAAAAAUGUCUUUUACUUGAUAAAUAACCUUAUAUGUCAUUCUCCAUCCAGUUAGGAUUCAAGGUAAAGAUAUAGCUACAUUGUUUCUGAACGUAAUUACACAAUCCAGUACACUGUAGGUCAAAUUGACAAAGGGAUGAAUAUCAUCCACAAUGCAACUUGGAUUUCUUUAUAUGCUGAAAACGGAAAUUUUCAACCCAUUCAGUAUUGUCUUCUGACUUUCCGUCCAAUUUCAUGUAUUCCGUUGAUCUGAAGAACAUGAGAACAGCGACCUCGACAAUUCUCGACAGUUGCUGAUCAAAAGGCACCAAGUCGUUGUCAUAUUCGUUGAGAUGAACAAUAUCAUUGUCUGAUAAUUUCUCGAUAACUAAGUUUGUUUAUUUCCCUUGGGGUAACAGUGAUCAUCAAGUUUUAGGC